UAUGCAUGGUGUGUUUGUAAUUCUAUUUUAAUUUACUUAUUGGCACGAAUUAUGUUCGAUUGUCUUACUUAUAUAAUAAGUAACAGAAAACAUUUUAGGAAGUAAGUUUUUUGAAAACUUAAAGAAAUGUGUUUGCUGUAUAUUUUGGACACCAACCGCUAGAGUGCUUGAAAUAGCUCUUUACUUAACCACACAAGUAGAUAAUCAAAUGACGCAGCAUCAUAUAAAUAAUUUCUAGUUUGGUAUCAGUUAGUUGCGAUUUUGUAGGGUUGUUCGACGCUCCGACAUCUUAGUAUUCUGAUUUCACGUAAUUGGCAAUGUGGAUUACUUUCGCAUUCCUUCUCACAUUAUGUCUCACAGUGUACUUUUACUUCCGACAUCGCUACAGAUAUUGGAAAAAUAGAAAUAUACCGUUCAUAGUGCCCAAAUUAAUAGUGGGAAACAUCGUCGAAAUAUUCAUGGGAAAAUAUUCGCCGGCAAAGUACGUCGCCCACCUAUGCAACGAACGCGAAGGACCGUACGUCGGAUUUUUCAUUUUGCACAAGCCAUACCUGGCAAUCAAAGACCCCGGUAUUAUUAAAAGAAUACUCGUUAGAGAUUUCCAAAAGUUUCCCGACAAAAUCUUCAUAAACGACAAAUCUAUUGAUCCCACGUUUAGUAACUCACUGCUGAGCUUGGGAAACGCGCAAUGGAGGACGGUUAGAACAAGAUUAUCUCGCAUCUUCAGCCCAGCUAAGGUAAAAGCAAUGCAAGUUUACACAGAGAGAUGUGCCAAAUCGUUACGCUUGUACAUCGAUGGUCAAUUAAACGAACGGCUGAAUUUGAAGGAUUUAACCACCAGGUUUUCCACGGAGGUGGUCUUUUCAUGCGUGUUUGGAGUAAACUCGAAUUGUUUUAAAGAAAAGCAGAGCAUGUGCAAUGACUACGCUCAUAAGAUAUUCCCGAAAGCUUACGUGGGUCUGUUCAAAGGAUUUUCGUAUAUUUUUCUCCCUCAACUUGUUAAAAUAUUUAAGUACCAGUUUUUUGAUCCGACCGCAUGUGAUUUCUUUCAAAACGUAUUUUCUGAUACAAUAAAGCAUAGAGAGAUUUCGGGGGUUAGAAGAAACGAUCUUGUGGAUAUACUGAUUGAUAUCAAAAACCAAAGUGGCUCUCUUGAUAACAACGCAUUGUUGGCGCAAGCAAUUGCUUUCCUCGGCGUCGGUCAUGAGACUAUUAGUGCCAUCAUUUCAUUGACGAUAUACGAACUGUGCAUUAAUCAGGAUAUACAAAAUCGUAUACGCGAGGAGAUUGAGACAGUUGUGGGAGAAGAUGAUGUUACAUCACACACAAUCGACAAUUUGAAAUUUCUGAAUAUGGUCGUGUGCGAAAGCCUACGAAAGUAUCCAGUAAUUCCAUUCAUACAACGCAAAUGUGUUGAGGACUAUUUCAUUCCUGAAACAGGUGCCGUUUUGGAAAGGGGUACGUCCAUUAUCAUACCAACCCAUUGGUUGCAUUAUAAUCCGGAAUUCUUUAAUGAUCCCUAUAAAUACAAUCCUGAUAGAUUCAAUGGAGACACCUCAAUCCCGAUCGACCCGUUCGUAUAUCUACCAUUCAGUACUGGUCCUAGAGCUUGUUUGGGAAGACGAUUCGCAUUGAUGAGCAUAAAAGUUUGCCUUAUAUACCUCAUUAGGGCCUUUAAAAUUGAAAGGGAUGCUGCUACGAAAGGUCAGCUAAACUUUGGGGCUGCGCAUGCGUUGGAUCCAAAGGAAGGUAUUCCUGUAAGGUUCCAGAGAAUAGAACAGAGUUAUGCAGGAACGCUGAACAAACACUGAGUUGCUGUUAGCAAAACAGCUUUAUUAAUAGACGUUCGGGUGUAAUUAAUAAGCCGUACAAUGUAAAGACAUUUUAUAGAAUAGACGAAUAUUAUGUAACAGGU